AUGGGAAAGCUGGCGAAGUUCUUUAGUAGAUUUUCGGUGGAUAAGUUCCCAAAAGAAAGUCAGGGACGCCGUCUCAAUGAAGUUCGACCCGAAAAUAACUCUAAACAGACACGUAAGGAAUCACCACCAUCAAUACCCCGUGGACCACCAUCCGAAGGGGCAAUGAGGGCUGCUGACGCAGCACUUAGUCGAAUCGCAGCGAAGCAAGUUCCGUCAAAAACGCCUAUACAGCGCAGGGUGGAAGCUGAAAGUGCCCGUAUGAAGAAACAGAUGGAGGAGGCUGAGGCCUUAGCCAGUCGGUUCAGCAAAAGUGCGGUCACUUGCGAUGCUGGGGGUCCAUUAAAAAAGGUCACAUUCUCGUGCCCUAGACUCCUUGGUGACAGCGUUCGAGGCACUUAUGCCGAGGUAGACACCUUGAUUGAGCAAGAGCUUCUUGAAGAAUCCGAGCAUGAUCCAGCUGGCGCCUACACUUUGCUCAUUAUUCGAAGCAUCGAGUCUAGCCAAUAUCCGACUGGUGUCGAUGCAAACGAUACAUCUGUCCCCAGUAUUCAGACUUUUCGCGAUAAGCGAAAGCAGAACUUUAUCACCAUAAUUCGCAAUUUAAUUGAGAACCCCGAAAAGGAGAAUUUUCGCCGACUACGAAUGGGUAACAAGUCAAUAGCGGAUCUUCUGGAGCUGAAGUUUGCGGUCAACUUCUUUGAGACCUGCGGGUUUAUACAAAGGGAGCAACCAACUAAUUCCGAGGCGGAUGCACCAAUGGAGAGGUACUUAGUCUUCCCGGCAGCACCGACUGAAGAGCAAUUGUACCACUUAAAAAGUAUGCUUAGUCUCCUUGAGUCUGGCGAACUUAUUGCACCGAGGAUUAACCGUGAUACAACUAUUCUUCAGGCGAGCGAGAACGAGGUGCGCGACCUGGCGAAGGAGGAACUGCCAGCAGAAUUCUUCCUUGUCUCGCGCGACGACCUGCGACGGUGGAAUGAGGAGCUGCAGCGCAUGGAGAAGGAAAAAGUACUUCUCACCAAGGCUAUGCGCGAGCGCCUCAAGUCGCGCGACCGCCGUCUCUACCGCUAUGCCCUCAUCCGCGUCCGACUGCCUCACAACAACAUCAUGAUUCAGGGUACAUUUAUGUCGACGGAGACGGUUAAUGAUGUCCGAUUUUGGGUGAGCAGUUGCCUGGCGGAUCAGGGCCUUGAGUACAGCCUAUGGGCACCGCCGGGACAAAUUUCCUCGAUCACAGCGGGCAGUGGAAGUCGCCCAGCGACAGCGCGAGUCCUGCUGGACGACUGCGAGCCUACAGCGAGCCUCGUGGACCUCGGUCUGGCCCCCAGCGCCAUUCUCACCCUUGGGGUGAAAUCGGUGACUGCCCAAGCAAUAGCCAUCCGGCUUCUACCGGAGUUGGAGCAUCAGAUUAUCCCUCUGCAAUAG